AUGUUCGUGUUUUUCAUCUGCGUCGAAGGAGUGACAAUCGGAGCUCACAGAUUUUAUACACACAGAUCCUUUAAAGCGACUCCACUGCUGAAAGCUAUUAUAAUAUUAUGUCAAUCCAUACCAGGACAAAAUUCCCUUUACGCUUGGUGUCGCGACCAUCGACUCCAUCAUCGUUACUCAGACACAGACGCCGACCCUCACAAUUCGAAAAGAGGAUUAUUCUUUAGCCACAUUGGUUGGGUGAUGUACAAAAAGCAUCCGUAUGUCAAGGCUCUUGGAAAACGAAUUGAUAUAAGCGACUUGGAAUCUGAUUGGAUGGUGAUGUUUCAAAAAAAGUACUAUAUGUAUUUAUACCUCAUAUUGGGUGUACUUAUGCCCAUUGGUGUUCCAUAUUUUCUUAUGGGAGAGUCAUUUAAAAACUCUUUCUUAGUGUGCUACAGUUUACGAUACGCAUUUGAAUUACAUAUAACAGGACUGGUUAAUAGCGUUGGACACUUAUAUGGGACAAGACCUUAUGAUAAGAAAAUACUACCUGUGGAGUCUUGGCUCUUGUCAGUCCUAACUUUGGGUGAAGGUUUUCAUAAUUAUCAUCACGUCUACCCCUGGGACUACAAGACUGCGGAAAGGACUAUGCCAUUUAAUAUAUCCGCCUAUGUCAUCAGAUUUUUGGAGAAAAUAGGACUAGCUUACGACUUGAAGAGUGCUUCAUCUGAAUCGGUUUCGAGACGUAUUUUACAAUCUGGUGAUGGAACUCACUACCGUCUAGGCAACGACGAGGCCAGGAAAGCUAUCAGUGCAAUAGGAAUACUACACCCAUUGAAUCCAACUUACAACAUGACUUAUAAGCCACGUAACACUGUGCUUCCUUUGAAUCAAAAGAAUGAUUUUAAUUUACUU